UAUUAAUUUAACUAUGGAGGAUAUGGCUCGGCUUGCUCUGGUCGAGCAAAACGUUCAAGAUGCAGAGACAUUUAGUAAAAUACUGUACGAACUUCUGACACACAUUACCCAUAUUUUGGACAAUCCCCAUGAUUAUGAGCUAAGAAUAAUAAGAAGCGAGGUUCUGAAGACUGUUUUGAAGUAUGAAGCAUUUGUGGAUUACCUAAAAUCUAUUGGUUUUCAACCGAUUGGGGAUAACUACACAUACCCAAAAGAGCAGACUCUGAGCAAACUACGGAUGGCCCAAGCAGCAAUAGAGAGAAAAAUCUAUUUCUGCUGUGGGUCUUUGAAUCACUGUGAGGGCAGAGUUAAAUCUGGCGUAACAAUACCUCUAGCAAGAAAACAAAAACUAAUGCCUGUUAAAGUGUUGACCACCACAAACCCGUUCCUAUUAAAGCUACAGACUUUAUUCAACGGUGUCUUAGACUAUGAGAAUGAUGAACUUCAGGCAUUAGCACGAGAUCAAAUACCUAUAAUGACACUCCAGUUGAUGGCCUUGGACUCCUGUCGGGAACACCAGAGGAAACUGAAGGCUGGGGAAAUGGAUGGUCAGGACCUGCCGUUCGACAAAGCGUUGCUGCUGGAACUAUUGGGCUGGUUCAAGUACAAGUUCUUUUCGUGGGUAGACCAGCCACCGUGCGAGACUUGCGGUGGGCCCACCAAGCACUACAGAAACUCAAAUAUCGUUACGGAUAGUGAAAUUUGCCGGGUUGAGCACUACAAGUGCACGCGCUGCGCAGACGGCGCGGCGGAGUUCCCGCGCUACAACGACGUGCGCACGCUGCUGCGCACGCGCCGCGGCCGCUGCGGCGAGUGGGCCAACUGCUUCACGUUGCUCUGCCGCGCGCUGGGCUACGACACGCGCUAUGUCUACGACACAACGGACCACGUCUGGUGCGAGGUGUACGACUACGACAGCAACGCUUGGCUUCACGUGGACCCCUGCGAGGGCAAGCUGGACGCCCCACUUCUUUACUCCCACGGAUGGGGCAAGAAGCUUGCCUACGUCAUCGCCUUCUCCAGAGACGAUCUCCAGGACGUCACUUGGCGGUACACCACUCAACAUACAGAGGUUUUAAAAAGAAGAACACUGUGCACGGAACAGGAGUUGACAAGUACCAUUUUGCUUCUACGCGAGGCGCGGCAGAGGCAGAUCUCCGAGCCGAGGCGCCGCUGCCUCGCGAAACGAUGCCUCGAGGAACUCGUUCAGCUAAUGGUUGAAAAGAAACCUGAAGAUGGUGAAACCCAAGGCAGGAUCUCGGGAUCGACGGCGUGGCGACGCGAACGCGGUGAAAUUGGCACUCAGGGCCACGUAUUCCGUUUCGUCUGCCCGGGUCCAUGCAGCGUUCAGUACUGCACGGCAUCGGACAAGUACACGGUGACAGGCGGAGCGGAAAGCGAGUUGUCCGGGUGGGCCAGUGGCGUAUACAGCGCGAAAAGUGUAUUUCGCAAGGUCGAGCAUGAUUGGCGCAUGGUAUACUUAGCUAGAGAGGAAGGCAGUGGUGAGGGGUCAGUGUCGUGGCGCGUGGAGGCCUGCCCCGGCGGCGUGCUGCACGGCGUGCGCGCGCGCCUUCACGCCACGCUGUACGAGGACGCCACAGUCGCCUGCACCGUCAGCGUGGACGACGCGCCACACAAACCUUGCCAGUUCUCCGAUGCGUGGAUGCAGGUCGCUGCGCAGUGCCGGUCGGCUACGCUGACGGCUAGCCUGCGAGGCGGGCGAGGUGAGCUGGCGUGGCAGCACGCGCAGCUUCUGCGCCAGCCCCUCGACGACGCCAGAUCCAUGUUCGACAUCGCCGCCACACUGGAACUGCUCUAAGCGCCCCAUUUUCUAUUCAAUAUGACUGAUUUAAUUCAAAGUGUAGGCUGACUGACACAACUAAUGGUUACUCUAAAGCGCCCCAUUCAUUAGCCAAUGCGUGGACGGAUCGACACAACAAUUGACAAUUCCAACUUGUAAGUUGACCGACACAGAGAUAAUGCAACACGACUCAGUUCAGACUGGUGUUAAACAGCUUUUUCACUGUCCAUCAUAUUACUACUACAUUUUACUUUAAUAUUAUACGUAAAUAAAUGGAGACGAGUUACACAGAUAGGUAAUGGUGACUGAUACUUUUUCAACUAUUUUAAAGAUUCCCAUUCACUACCCAGCAUGUUAGUUAUUAAAUUUACUCAAUCCUGUCACAUGUACAGUUCGACUAGCCGCCGAUUUAUGGCACUAGUAAAGUAUAAGAAACGAAUUACUAUUUUAUUUUAUUGCAAUUUUGUUUCUAUUAAUUACGAAUGUUUCCCAGUCCUGCAUUGAUUCCUGAUUUAUGAUAAGUUUGUUUUUUCUAUUUUGUACUAGAUUUUUUAAUGUACAUAUUUUAAUGCUGAAAGAAGAAUAAUAAUGUAAGAAUUAAAUUUUAAUUAAUAUAUUUAAAUUGUUCACAGCCAU